GUUCACAACGUUUUCAAUAUAAAGCUUUUUAUUGAUUGUAUUUUUGGCCCUUAACAAUGAGUGCACAGGCAUUCUACGAAAAAGCACUCCGUUGUUAUCUUUUGACAAAAUAUACUCCGGCAGUGAAUAACUGCCUUAAGGCAAUCUCCUAUUCAAAAAAUGAAACAGUAGACAGCAGCCUGUUGUCCAACAUUUGGACAUUGUACAUUAACAUUGCAACGACCUUGCUCAGCUUCACCGCGCCAGCAAAUGAAACUCUUUUAAAGAAGCUACUACACCUUAAAGAAUAUCAUUCUUCCAAGCAAGAAACUUGCUAUUUUAUUUGGAAGAAUGUGGCUGAUGAAGGCUUUCAAGGCGAUGUCAGUCAGAUCUCAUCAACACUUAUUUCUGUAUGUCUAGCUAUGGCGUUGAAUUUGCAGCAACCCUCCUUAGCCAGCAAUAUCGCUGAAGAAUGGUUUUCAGCUUUACCAGAUCAUGUCUUGCAGGAAAUUGCUGAAGGGAAUGAUAGAGCAGGAUACAAUGAUAUUGUUGAUCAAUACAUUGUCAAUAUUUUGCCCAUAAUGGAUGAUUUUGACUCUGCCUUAACAUUUCUUGAGUACAAUACAAUUAUACCAGAUGCAAGAAAAAAGGUUUUACAAAAAUCAGUACUGGAAAAGAAACAGACAGUGGAGUUUGAAAGAGAAAAGAAGACCAAGUUAGAAGAAGAAGCAAGGAAAUUAGCAAUAGAAGAAAAGAGAAAAGCGGAAGAAGAAAAACUCAGGAAAGAGGCAGAAUCUAAGAGGAUGAAAGAAAGAGAAGAAGAAGAAGCACGCUUGAAAGAGCAAGUAUCAGUUGAACAAAGACAGAAAGAAAUAGCAGCAGAGGAAGAAUCUAGCUCAAAAGUGUCUUCACUACAUAAAUCAUUUGAUCAACUUCAGCUAAGCAAUGACAGGAGCAGUUAUACUAUCUCUAGUAGUAGCAGUCACCGAAAUAAUGGUUCCACUUUAGUGCAGAAGUGGAUAAAAAGGUUUUCCAAUGCGCAAAUCUCCAAGACAACGGGUGGUAUAUUAAUAUUCAUCUUUGCCCUGUUUGCACUGCUGAGCGGACAACGUGGGAGACUGUCUGUAGCUCUACAGCAUUUAAUGCAUAAGCUUUGGGAGACUGUGAAAAUGGGAACCAAAGUGACCUAUAUAUAAAUCGUUCAAAAUUAGAAUAAAAUACCACAACAGCUAUCUGAUGCUUUUUGGCUUUUACCC